UGUCAAUUGAGCACAUCAACCAGCGUCCAGUGACUGUAAACAGUAGAGCAGAGUCGCCCACAAGCUGAACAGCCUGCGAAUGUGCCAACGUGAUAGCUCUCCACAGUAGGUUGUCCGACGACCACAUCUUCUGCAAAUUGCAAUGGAGGCAGACAAGCUAAGUAACGUUAACUCAAAAAAAUAGACACCAGUUUUACUGCAGCUCAAAUAUUAAUACAUCGAUGACCAAUUCGAAUGCAAGUAUCGUGUCUCUGAAUAGCUGUUAUGUACGUCAAAUAGCGUGCAGUGCGCUUUUGCAAAAAUAUAUCUAGUUGACAUGAUAGCUAGUCUGCUAACCUAGCCACCUAUAUGUAGCUAGCUUGUUAGCUAUGCCAGUUAACGUUUGGAUCAGCUAAUUUGUCGCGGGCUGCACUUUGUUUUGCUGUCAACCAUCUCGACGAUUUGCAGAACCAUUAAGGCUUUGAUCUUGUGAAGGUCUGUCUGUCCUCCUCGCCACAGUCCCCCUCAGCACGUCCCCCCCACCCCUUGCCCUGGCCAUGACCUCAGGUGAGACCGUGCACUACAUCCACCUCCACAACUCCAGCCAGUCGGUGCUGGAGGCGUUGCGCUCGCAGCGCCGCGAGGGCCUCUUCUGUGACGUGACGGUGCGCAUCCACGACGCCUCGCUGCGGGCGCACGCCUGCGUGCUGGCCGCCGGCAGCCCCUUCUUCCAGGACAAGCUGCUGCUGGGCCACUCGGAGAUCUCGGUGCCGCCGCUGGUGCCGGCCGAGACGGUCAAGCAGCUGGUGGACUUCCUGUACAGCGGCUCGCUGGUGGUGCUCCAGUCGCAGGCGCUCUGCAUCCUCACGGCCGCCAGCAUCCUGCAGAUCAAGACGGUCAUCGACGAGUGCACCCAGAUCAUCUCGCAGAAGCGCGGCGUGGUGGGCGGAGGAGCGGGAGGAGCCGGCGGGGGCGGCGGGGGCGGCAGCGGGGGCGGCGGUGCGUCGGGCGGCGGAGGAGGAGGCCUGCCCACGGGCGGGGUCCUGCCCAAGCAAGAGGAGCGAGGGGGGAGCAAGGGCAGGGAUAGCGUCGGGGCCAGCAGCAGUGGCAGCGGCUGUUUCGCCGGCUUCGCCAACUUCGGCAUGGGCGACUGCAGCGCGGCGGGCGGCCUCGGCGCCAACAUGGGGGGCGGCGUGGUGGCCACCAGCCAGAGCGGGCCCAACCCGCUGGACCCGCCCACCUCCAUGGGCAUGAUCUCCCUGGGCGACAUGGGGCCCGGGGCCAUGUGCCGGGCGGACGCCCUGGUCUCCACGGCCGGCUCGGGCAUCCUGAAGCAGAACUCCAGCUGCGCCCAGGACAUGCGCUACAAGCUCCGAGACCUGCUGGCACAGCCCGGCGACGGCAGCGUGGGCGGGGGCAGCGUGAGCGCCAGCAGCGACUGCGGCAGCGCCCCCUCCACCUGCGGCUCGGCCGUGGGCGGCGCGGACGGCAGCGUUGGCGUUGGCGGCGGCGGCGGCGGCAUGGGCAGAGACGGCAUGCGCAGCAACAUGUCCGACCUGGGCUCGGUGGGCGAGGACCUGGUGGUGGGCAUGGAGCGCUACAGCGAGGAGGAGGACAUGGAGGGGCAGGACCGCGGGCGAGACGGAGACCGGGAGAGGGGAGUAAGCCAUAGCCGCAAGCAGAGGCAACCACUCAGGUUACAGGUGCUUGGAGGAGAGGAGGUGGUGGUGAAGGACGAGGGGGUCCAGGAAGCAGACGGCAGCCUGUUUGGCCUUGACCAGGGCAGGCAGGGGGCAGACCACGACGCAGCCCAGCAGAUGGCCACCUUUGGUCAGGAGGGGGUUUUCUAUGAUGAGCAGGGCGUGUUUUCGGAGAGCUUCUGGCCACAGACGGAACCACCUCAGUCCAUGAGUUUUAAUCCUCGAGGGCGAGUCAACAAGCCGCUCUCCCCGCCGACCUCAGCGCAGUCCAUCAACAAUCAGCUGCUUUUCCAGUACCCGGUCAGCCAGUCGCAGCCCUCGUCCUUCUACGUGGGCGCCCCCAUGGUGAUUGACAGCAUGGCCGGGGCGGAGACCAAUCAGACGGCCCAGCCGCCGGCCCCCCUCACCCCCGCCCCCCAGGCCACGGCCGGGGCCUGCUCCACGGGGCCCUCCCCCUCCUCCCAGGGAUCCGAGACGUCGUUCGACUGCACCCACUGCGGGAAGUCCUUGCGCUCCAGGAAGAACUACAGCAAGCACAUGUUCAUUCACUCUGGCCAAAAGCCUCACCAGUGCAGCAUCUGCUGGCGCUCCUUCUCCCUGCGCGACUACCUCCUGAAGCACAUGGUGGUGCACACGGGCGUGCGCGCCUUCCAGUGCGCCGUCUGCGCCAAGCGCUUCACGCAGAAGAGCUCGCUCAACGUGCACAUGCGCACGCACCGCGUGGAGCGCACCUUCUCCUGCCCCGUGUGCCACCGCGCCUUCACCCACCGCACGCUGCUGGAGCGCCACGCCCUGCAGCACGGCCACGGCGGCGCCCACGUCUCGCCCAAGCCGCCGGGCAGCGGCGGAGGCAUGGCCGGCGCCAACCCCGGCAUGGGCGGCGGCAGCGUACCGGGGCACGGCUCCUCUACCUAGCUCGCCG